AUGCUGGUGCAAUGGUGGCUGUCACUAGCAGGCUUCUGUGCCGCUGGUGCUCCAUCGCUGGGCGACUACUUUGACAGCUUUCCCGGUUUCGAUUCGGACUUCUCACGGGAUGACUUGUACGGCUACGGGUCAUUUGGGGACUUUCGGCGCGGAAGGAGCUAUGACGACUACUUCGGAGGCGGCGCAGGCUCCUACGGAGGAGGCUUCAAUGUCGGACCAGCUGAUCGGAAAGAUAUGAAAGAUGCAGGAAAAGACGACUGCUCACGCAUUGAAGCUGACGGUGUCCCGCUCGCUGACCUACUCAUGGAGGCCGCAGAGAACCUGCCGGCGAAGGUUUCUGAAGCAUCGGCUCAAGUUCUUGAGCUCAUCCACUUCUUCUCCAGCAAGGAGCACCAGGCUUUUCUGCUUGGCCAUUGCCCGCAAGCAGUGGCACUAGCUGUGCUGUUGGAGGCCGAAAUACAGGUCACCGAAUCAUCGGAAGGCGCCUAUGCGGACGGUGUGCAGCGAAGAGCUGUGUUGCAGCUCAGUGACCUCCUGGACAAAGCGCAGGCGACCUGGCGAAGCCCCUUCAAGGCCCUGCCAACGUGGAGCGGCAAAUGGGGGGAGGUGCUCGGUGCAGCCCAGAGACGAACUGGAAUCCUUCUGUUUCCAAUAGGUGAGCAGCAGUUCCACGUGGAUUUUGUUCCGGCUGCAAAUUGGUCGAUCUGGGCGAACCGGCGCUGCCGAGGGCGGAGGGACCUCGGAAACCUCCAGGGCACUCUUCUGGCAACGUGCCUGGAGAAGUGCCUCUCCCACCCCUCAUGCAGGUCUGCUACGUUUUGGCACUGGCAGCCCGGAGGGAUGGGCUUCGAUCAGCGUUGCUUUUUGUCUUCGUCUUGUACCUUUGAGCUCUCAACGGAUGAAGGAGCUGAGAACGCCUUCCUUUUCGAGAAGUUGGCCGUCCUGUCACAGCAGGAGCAACAUGUGGUGCAGCAGACGAUCCGGACAAAACGUGCUGCCUGGGCGCCUCGCGCAGGACACCAAGUCCUUGCGACUGCAUCCGGCGCGACACGCUUGUGGCUAUUGGGCGGUAUUGGUGUUGACCCAUUUGCGAACUCCUCUGCGCCAGGCAACGACCAGGAGGCCAAGCCUGAGAAGGAGGGCAAGAAAAGAACCGGGAAAGGAAAGGGCUCAGCAGAAGCAAAGAGGGCUGGCAAGAGGCGGAACGCAACAGCAGGGUUGGAUGUGGUGGAAGCCUACUUGUCGCGCCAUGUCGAGCUGAGUGGUGAGCUGCCUCCCUUGCGCUCGUUGCCCUACAGCAGGCUGGGAGAUGUGUGGUGGAGCGCGGAUGAAGGCAGCAGCUGGACAUUGAUGCAGCAGAUGGCACCCUGGGGUCCGCGAGCGUACUUCGGUGCAGUUGCUGUGCAAGACGGUCGGUAUCUGCUGGUCUUCGGCGGCAUUGUCACUCCCAAGGACACUGGCAAUUCAAGCCUGGAUGGACUUGGAAGGCAGUAUGUUAAUGAUGUCUGGUACGCCGACUUGUCCGAUGCUUCGCCCUCUUUCCACGAGCUCUCACCUGGUCCCUGGGAGCCGCGGGCAGCGUUCCAGGCCUUGGUUUGGAAACCUGGCCGCCUGAGCGGUAAGGCAGAUGUGGAAGAGGUCGUUCUUAUGGGUGGGAGGACGCAGGAAGGCACUCUGAAGAAUGACGUCUGGGCACUGCCGCUGGAGAACAUGGAGAGGUUGUUCUCAGGCAGCGCUUCGACCUGGGAGCGGAGAACAUCGUCCGCUGACUGGUCUCCACGCUCAGAAUUCGCAGCGGCCACGACGAUUCCGCAUGGUGUUUGGAUACUGGGCGGUUGUGGCGAGGCUGGCGCUGUUCUGGCGGAUGUGUGGCAGAGCCGCGAUCUGCAGAUGUGGUCCCAGGUGCAGCCGAAGGCUCCAUGGGGACCUUGCGUUGGUGGAUCUGCUGUGACUCUCAGCCUGGGCGACAUUACGGGUGUUCUGCUGUUCGGUGGCUACGCCUAUCCAGAUGCCGACUUCGGGCCCCUGCCUCCAAGUUCGCAGGAGGAGGCGUCAGCGUGGUUCUCCAGUGAUGGGGAACUGUGGUUGUCAUUUGGCCCUGAAUUUCUUGCCUGGACGUCGGGCACGACGCACGCAGCAGCAGCGGCUGCGCCGUGCAACAUGUCCGGAUCAAGCGAAGGACAGCUCUGUGCUUAUGUUGCCGGUGGAACGAAUCGGGAAGGCUACUACGACAACACCGUUCGCCAGCUGCGCUUGGGUGACCGGGAGGCCAGGUUGCUGGACUCACCCAGAAAAGUUGGAGGGCCAGAACGGUCGGCUUCCACCUCCACGCCAGAUGGCCCUGAAGAUCCUUCGCGUAGCAUGCAGCAGGUGGUGGCAACUUGCCUCUUGGGGCUUGCGCUGCCCCUUUGCUAUCUCCUCAAGCCGAAGGCCGUUAUUCCAGUUGACCCCGCGGGACGUUGCUACUUGAAACUCCUACUGGGCUUGUUCAUCUUGCUUGUGGGCAUGGGCGUACUGGUCGGAUUUGUGCUAUCUCGAUUCUCGCAGGAGCUGGCGCAGCUCCGUGCAGAGAAAUGCCACCUCGAUGCGCAUCUCUUGUCGGAGUUGCGAGACACCCUGGGCCUCACACAGGCUGCCAAGCGCUGGGACGAGUUUGAGGUCCUGCUGCGAUUGGCAUCUCGGGAGUCACAGUACUACGCGUAUGGAUUUGGUGGAGGGAAAUCUGGCGAUCCCUAUGGCUAUGGCUACGGCCGAUACGAUCGAGGGUAUGAUGGCUUUGGCGGCGCGGAUGAGAUGUCUGGGCGCGAGUCCGGGCCAAAGGAAGACUCCCCGCAAAGCCUGAAGAAGGAGCUCAGCAUGCUCCCCACUAUCCAGUCGGUGUCCUGCCGAACUCCGAAGUGCGAUCGCAACGCCACCUGCGCAAGCACUUCACAAAGGUCAUUGCAGACCCCGUACGGAUGCUGCAGUGACUACAUGCUCUUGAUGUUGGCAGAUGUCACCGGAUGGCUCCAUGAGCAGGGCAUUCCAUACUUCAUCACCUACGGAACUCUGCUGGGUGCCGUGCGUGAGAAGGAUAUCCUGCCUUGGACCCAGGACAUGGACAUCGUCGUCGAUCGCCGCUACUGGCCCCAGCUUCAGCGGGGCUUGGAGGCUGCAGAGUUCUUUGGGGGACGGCGCUACCUCUUCGGAGUGGAUCAGUGGGAGGAGAAGGUCUCCAGAGUUUGCGCUGACUGGGAGGGCUUCGCUUCGUCCAUCAUUGGUGGGCAAGAAGGCGAUCGGUUUAGUCGGCCAGCAGACUUCCAUUUGGAUGUGUAUGCGAGCGACUGGUGGCAGAUCACGGACCUUCACCUCGUCGAUUGUGUCGAACCUCUUGGCACCAACCUGCAAAUACGUGGGCGCAACUUUUCGGCGCCGGCGCGACCGAGAGCGUGCGUGGAGAAGCUCUAUGGAGCGGAGUGGCGAACUCCGAAGAAGGCGCUUGCUGGCGUGAACUAA